AUGGAUAGCUCGCCCGAUCUGUCGCUGAAGUUGCGGCGCGGUUCGAGCGAUUCGCGCGAAUCGUACUACAUGGACUUCGCCCAGGGCAUCGACUCCGACAUCGAGGACGUGGUGACGAUGGCCUCCGCCUCCGGGGGUUGCGGGACGGCCAGCGGUAGUGCCACGACCACCCCGAACACGCUGCCGGCCGCCAGCCUGCCGGACGUGACGAUCCUGUCGGUGGGCGGCACCACCGGCAUCAUCCCCGAGGAGGACGACUCACUGGUCGAGCUCGACGAGGACGAGGGCGCGGGACGGGAGACGGGGCAGUCGCAGCAGGAGGAUCGCGAGGGGGUCCCGACAGGAACCGACGGUGAGCCGCCGCAGGCCGGAAACGAUGCAAUCGUCCUGCCAGGACUCUUCCUAUCGGCACUCGACAUCGACCUGGAAAGAGACCUGAAGGCAACGCUGCAGCCACUGAUGCCGUCGCCAUCCGUGUCGCAGAACGCGAUCGUGUCGCCCGAAGCAUUCAGCACGCACACAUCGCCGGAUCCGUCGGUACAGCGACUAUCGACCGGCGAAGAGCUCCACCAGCAGCAGCAGCAGCAACAGCUGUCAUCGCAGUCCACCAUCAACAUGCCGCCGGCGAUGGUUCCGAUCACGCCCGACUACCCGCUCCUCGCGCUGGCGACGACGGCAGCGGUCGCGAGCACCAGAGAGUUCGCCGAGACUUCCUGCACCGGCUCUUCGUUCGGCAUCCAGGGCACCAGCAAAACGAUGCCACCGCCUCAGCCCGGGACCAGCUCGGCUUCGUCGUCGGGAGCUUCAGCAGCUUACCACCAGCAGCAGCAGCAGCAGCACCAUCAACGCUACCUACCGAAGGCCGGUUCACCGGGAAGCCGAACAAUGGGCUCCACCAGUGUCUGCCUGCCACCGGAGCACCACCACCAACACACGGAGGUGUUCACCGCCGAGGACGGGAUGCUACCGAAGUCACCCUCGCAGACACUGAGCGGUGCGGCGAGUCAGUCCACUACCACGCAGCACCUGUCGGUGCUGUACCACGCUCACCAUCACCAUCUGCACCCGAUUCUGACGACCAACCGACGGCCGUCACGGCUGCCCGAGCCAGUCAUCUACUACCCAGCGCCGCGUGAAAUCAAACCCGGCGAAGCUCUGGCAACCACACUGUCGGCCCUCUACGGGAAGCUGUUGGUCGUGAUGGGUAUAGCGUUCCCGAUGGCCGAAGUAAUCUCCACCUAUAUUCCUCCGUCCUUCUACGAGGGCUUCUACCUGUACCUCUACAUCGGCAGCAUGGUGUUUCUGUUCUUCAUGUACACGACGCUGCUGUGGGGCAAACCGAAGGCACCGCCAGUGUCGCCUGCCAAAAAACCUACGGCGACCGUCACGAAGAAGGUAUUGCGCCGCAGCAGCACCACCUGCUCGUCGGACAGCGGGGAACGGUCGGACAGCGAGGAUGAGACGAUUAGCUCGGGCCCGAAGGUGCCGGUCCACGCGCGCCGAAUGUCCCUAUCGGCUGGGAUGGCUUCCCGGCUGCAGCACUUCGGAAGCUUCUACCUGCGUAUGGGAGCCGUCGCGUUCGGUAUCGGCAGCAUGAUCUACUCGGGGCUAGAGUUUGGCCAGUACUUCGAGCUCGAGCGGGACACCAAGUGCCACAACGUGCUGCUGGCACUGACGCCUGCCACGCGCAUGGCCUUCAUCUUCAUCCAGAUGUAUUUCAUUUUUCUCAACAACGAGCAAAUCAAAGUCUACCGGCACAAGAUCGUGGCCCGCUUCGGGCUGAUGCACAUGAUUGGCACCAACCUAUCCGUCUGGUUCUCGGUGCUGAUCCAGGAGACGAAGCACGAGAUACUGACGUUCUACAACCCCGAAAACCGCACGCUGCGCAUCUCCCACCGACUAGGCAACAAGAUGAUGCCGCACCCGGUCGAAUCGGUCGCACACCUGCGGGUGGCCCGCGGGCUGAAGGGGCCGCACAACAUCUUCGAGUGCCGCCGCUCGAACAUCAUCGGCACGCUGGUGCAGGACGCGUCGCCCUUCCUGUUCCCGUGCACGAUCGAGUACUCGCUGAUUUGUGCCGCGAUCCUGUACGUGAUGUGGCGUAGCAUCAGCCGGCCGCAGACGGAGCCUCCGCAGCGCCAGGAGAGCCUGCACCCGCUGAAGCGCUCGCCGCACCACUACUCCGUCGACUGUGCGGGCGCGCACAAGGGCCUCUUCAUCGGCAUCCUCAUCCUGGUGCUGACCAUCAUCUCGCUGAUCCUGUUCUUCGUGCUGAUCUCGCGGCCCGAGUUCGUGAGCCUCGCCGUGACGGAGGUGAACAUCUGCGAGCUGACGCUGUACGGCACAACGACGGCGGCCACGCUGAUCGGGAUGUUCCAGGUGCGCCACAUGCAGUACGACGCGUUCCGCAGCUUUAGCCUCGACGACAUCCUGCUGGUCGGUGGCCAGACCGGGUCGUUCCUGUACAGCACGUUCACUGUGAUCGGCGGCCACUUUACGAUGCGCCGCGACACGGUGCUGGUGCUGAUCACGGCGCUCGCGUCCCUCGUCGAGACCGCCUGCCAGACGAUGUUCAUCCUGGACGCAAGCCGGCGGUCGGCCGCCACCCAGGAGCACAUCCGCAAGAAGCCGGGCCGCGAGAUCGUUACCUUCCUGCUGGUCAGCAACCUGGCGAUGUGGGCGAUCAACACGCUCGAGAAGAGCCGGGCCGAGUCGCAUCCGAUCCAGCUGCACUUCUACGGGCUGUGGGCGUGGACGAUCAUCACCCACGUCUCGAUGCCGCUCGCCAUCUUCUACCGCUUCCACAGCACCGUCUGCCUGUGCGAGAUCUGGAAGCGGGCGUACAAGAUGAAGCCCGCCUACAUGUAG